UGUAUAAUUUCACAAGAACAAUCAUGGAUUUCAACGAAACACUCGACAUGCUCAACAAUCCGAACACAUUCUCACCGGCUGUCUCGAGUCUUCUCGCCAAGCAGCCUGUUAUGCUUGGAGCAGAUGAUCUUCUCAACCGGACAGUUAUCGUUCAGAAUGCUCAGAGAGCUCUGAGAAAUGAGCAUGAACAUGUGCUCGUCGCCAACAAAACGAUUCUCGUUAAUAAACCGAUUAUUGAGAUGAAGGGUUUCAUGUCGCUGCCACCAGAGAUUCCAUGCAGUGUCGGAAGUACUCCAAGAACAUUCAUGUACUACGGAAUCGGCGGAAAACCAAUCUGCAUCACAACUUCCGAACUGGGAAAUUAUAGCGAAAUCACAAGACGCUCAUGCCAAAAUAACAGUACUCUCCGUCAUAUUCUCGGCUCAAAGAGCAAUUUUCGAGUAAUGAUUGUAUCGACGAAAGUGAUUCUUCAAGAUCACGAAAUCACACUUCCAUUUGAUAAAAAUUGGAUUCUAUCGGAAACUCCACUGCAUUGUGCCACACAUUUCGAUAAAAUGAUCGAAUGUCCAAUGGAAAGCCGUAGAGUUCUUGCCGCGUUAGGAAGAGCACGUAUUGCCGAGGAAAAAGAGUUUUGGAGCAAGAAUCGGGCUAUUGCGAGGAGUUUUACCCCUAGAUCGAUGGCUAAGCCUCCACCGCCACCACAAAAAAUCACCACCACGGAGCAGAAAACCGCUGAAAUAACAUCGGCUGACGUGGAUUUUUUGCAAUUUUUGGCUCAAAAAUCGAGCUCCGACGAGAUUCGUCCACUUUUUCGAUUUCAAAUAUGUGAAGAGUAUAUUGAUACUUAUGAGAAUCCAUCUUCGGAAAAUUAUCUCAAUAAUCGCUUCCUCCGCGUUUUGGCAAUGCGAAUUCCAUUGCUCCGUGGAUUUGACCUAGAAACGAAAGCCCGAAUGAUGUUUGUCGCCGGAAUUCCACUUGAGGAGCGAUUUUUGAUAGAGCUUCGCAGAUACGGAAGCGUCGAGCUGGAUGAGAAGCAUCGAAUCACAAAUUUCAAGGCAAAUAAUGGAGAUUUUACAUUGAAAGGAUCACAUGAUGAUGAUGGAAAGCAGGCUGAAUAUCAAAAAUUCUUAAAUUCCAAGAAAGAAAAACCAUCGCCACGUGCUCCGUCAUCAUCUCCUCCAGCAGCUCUUCUGAACCAUAGUUACUGUGAAAAUCCACCGAAAACCUCGGAAAAUUGGCCACAAGAACUAAAACUAAUUGAGCAGAAGCCACAAAUUGAAGAUCAAGAAUUUCUGUUUUUGGGCGAUGAAAUUUCAGAAACUCAGCAGCAGGAGCCCCCACAGGAUGAUAUACAAUUCCUUUAUGAAGGAAAUCAAGCGAAUAUUACUGGAAAUGAGCAACCAGAAGCAUGUGCUCAAGCUCAAUUGUAUUAUGGUCCAGAACCUGGAGUUUCAGUGCAAAUCCCGGCUCCAGCACAGCUCACCACCGAAUCCAGCAAUGAAACCGCAUUAUCCACAAUCAGUGAUCUAUUUCCAUCUGUAAUUGCUGAAACUUCACCAUGGACUUCGUCUCGUUUGUCACGUGUUAAUUAUGAGCUUUUCGAGAACGAAUUGUUCGCAUUUCUCGCCGAAAAGUCGAAAAUGGCGACAGGACCCGUGAUUUUGACGCCAGUGCUCGAAGAGUUUCGUGUUGAAGGCAGAUAUCUUAUGACAUUGGAGACUAUUCGCAGAAGAUUCCGUCAACGUCUCGCUCGAAAAAUCUCGUCGCUUCCCGAUUACGAUACGGACACCAAGAUUCGUAUGCUCGUCUUCACAAGUUCGGCAAUUACUGACUCGUUUUUGAAAAUACUCCAACAAAGUGCUGUUGUAGAAGUCGACGACAGUAACCGAAUCACAAAAUACCAAGCAUUCGAUGAAAAUGGACUGAAAAUCUCGACGAGAUAUACGAAAAUUCCGGAAUUUAAGCGAGCAUUCCUCAGAAGAAGUGAUUAUGGAACGGGAAAAGUCGAUGGUCCGAUGAAAAGACCCUGCCUCGAGGAUUUCAACGCUUCAAGCUCUUCCAGCUCUUCAGUUUUGGCUCCGCCACGUGUCGAUGAGCACGUUGAAUGGGAAUUGAUGUCUUCGAUGCACCAUGAAGCUGAUGAGAUUUGUGAUAUUUCGAGAAUGUCAGCCGAAACUUCAACAAUAUCCACUUGCUCAACCACGUCCUCGUCAACUGUCCAACAGGACACUAAAUCAUUGAAAGAAGUCCUACGCCUGCUUAGAUGUCUCAUACUUUUCAUGGAAUCACCGGUUUUUGCUGGGCUCAAAGAGCAAAUUAGACAGAGAAUUGAGCUGUUGGGAGAUGGGGAACAGAAAAUCCCAAUCUCAAAAAUCAAGUGGAGCCUCGAAACGGCGAUUUCAAUGAUUUGCCAAAAUGCUCCUGACGCAACUGAAGAAACGACGAGCCUCGAAGAAUUUUUGAAUCUUUUGAGGAUUAUGAUUCUCGGAUUACAAGAACCAGUGCAUCUUCAGCCGAUUUUGCAGAAACUCGACCAGAAAAUCAAUGAAUUCGCCAGAAAUGAUAGAAAAAUCGCUUCGGAUAAAAUCCGCGUUGUCAUCGAAAUGAUCAUAUGCUCAAUAUCUCCAUAAUCACCAGUUUUCUCCAAAAUUCGCCGGAUGUUCAAUGAUAAUAUUAUUUUCUUACAAGUUAAUGCAUCUCUCCUUUGUUUUUUUUUUCGUUCUUGUUUUUGUUGAUAAUGUUUUUUCUCUCGAUUUUUCAAUUAAUGUUCUUGGUUUUUGAAACUUGCUUUUUUUGUUGAAAAUAAAAGAACAAAUUUUG